AAGGCAGUGGUUUUUGACAGUUACCACAACAACGUUUACAAAAUGGCUGAAAUGUAGCAAGUAUUUUCUUUCGGUUCAAAGAAACAAAUAAAUCUUUUGCUAUCAUAGUUUAAAAUGGCAACCACAAUAGCACCUGAAGGAGUACCUCCAGAAGUUGUCAAUGCUCGGAGGACAGAAUCUAUAGAUGCUCCACAUAUACUCAGCCUUGUAGAGGAAUCAACAAAUUCUCUCUUUGGAAGAGUUAAUGUUGUUAACAUAAUAGAGAAAGCUGUGCUUGCAGUCACACUAUGUAAUGAUAAGGAUGAGAUACUGGGACAUGCAGCAUUUUUUGACUACCCGAAUGUGGCUGAUGUAGAUCAAGCAGAUUGGCAGACAUGGCUCAAUACUUACUAUGACACAACCAAAAGCACUCCACUAAACAGUUUGUUUCUGCACUAUUUUGUGGCAAAGAAGGAGUAUGCUCAUGGAUGUGCAAGAGAAAUUGUCCGUACUGCCUUCAAUGCGGUGCCUGAUGCUCACUUUCUGUAUUUGGCAGUGCCUGUAGGAUCAUACCCAGAGUCAUUCCUGGCUGAUAUAUUCAAACCGUUAACAACGAAGGCAGAUAAGUCACCAAGUUCUUGUGCUAUGUUCUGCUGUAACAGACACGAACAUGUACCAGUAGUACAUGUGAGACAGGCAAGGGUAGAGGAUCAUGAUGAUCUAACACCAAUAUUCAAUCGUCAGAGUGACAUGUUGAAGAUGACCUAUGGGGAUUACUUUCUUGCGGAAUUAAUCGAAGCACAAGAUGACAAUAUGCAGUGUCUUGUGGCUGAGGUUGGUGGAACAGCAUAUGGAUUUAUGAGUAUAAGCAAUGAUGUUAACUAUGACUUACUAAAUAAGUGUUUUGAGCUCGGGCCAUUCCAUGGUCUCCGUAAACCAAGUGAUAAUGAUGAAACUGAGCCACCAAAGACUCCAACUCCUUCCCCACCUCCACAAGAGAUGAAGAGAUCACCUUCAGGUAGUUCCAGCAAGUCAGGUAGCUCUGGUAAGGGGGAGAAUACAGAGACAGACAUGUCCAAAAUGGCGGAUUCUGUCAAGGAGUCAGUGGCUGAAUCUACACAGAAGUCUGAGGAGAAACAAGAAUCUGGCAACAGUAAACAAUCAAGUGGUAGAAGUUCCAGAUUGAACAGUGAUGCCAGUGAUGUUAAAGUGAAAGCUAAACUUAGUGAUGCUCAGAUGGUAGGGAGUCAAACAUCCCUGCUGAGUCAGGAAGGUGAUCAGGCACAACAAGAUCUUGCAUCUGGAAAGUCUUCUCCAGCAUUUGACGAAAUUAUUGGUUCACCAAAGCCUCCAACUACACCAGCAGGCUCACACAAGAGAUUUGUCCCCACCUACAUGGGAGAGCCAAAUGCUUUCAGCAUCCAGCUAUUCUGUAUUGAUGAAAGAUAUGAGAUGAGAUCAGCAGACUUUCUGGCAAAGGCAUUUGAGCAGUUCCCUGACAGAGAUUUCUGUAUUAUCACUGUACCUCACUUAGUACCAGAGUUUCCUUUGCUGCAGAACUUUGUGAGAGUAACGCCCAGGUGUCCAAGCACUUUAUCACAAGAAUUGUAUGCUUUCCAUAGAUGUGGGCUACUGAAGGACUUUGCAGUGCGUCCAGCUCUCAAGACGGACUAUGAUGGUGUGGAAAAGUUGACCAAGACUAUAGAUCUGCAUCAGAAUCUUCUCAAAGAUCUAGCACAGUAUAACAAGGCUAAGAGAGAUGAUGAGGGUACAGAGAUUCAAGCAUUUGUUGCUACCAGUCAGUCACAGGUUGUUGGUGUGGCAAUCAUCAGAAUAGAAGAGGACAUAGAGUAUAUCAGAUCUCACUAUAACAUUGAAGAUUUUAUCUACUACAACCAUCACAAGAGAUCUGAACAUGCUAGAGUUCAUCAUUUUGCUAUCAACCCAAUGUUUUCUCAUCUCUCAAAACAUUUCCUCAAGGAAGUUCUGCGUAUAGGACAUAAAACAUGCCUGUAUUAUCCUCUGUUCCCUCCAUACACAGACAAACAGGUGGUUGAAAACUACUCCCUGAUUAGCUGUCUGCGGGAAAUGGUUCCUGUACGACACAGAAGGCAGAUUGUUUACCCUGUUGAGAACCUUGGUGUUAAUGCUCCGUCAGAUCGGGUCCUGGCUCAGCGGGAACCAUAUGCUCUCAAUCAUAUCAACAGGAAACUUACACUGGAACCAAAGGUGACGAUAAAUGCUCGUAUAGUUGUGGUAGGAGCAUCAGACGUUGGAAUAGGCUUUCUGGAAGCACUUGCUUACUGCCCACAUUUACAAUUCAACAACUUGACAUUGAUUUCACCACAUGGUCUACCAGGUGAUAUGUCAAAAGAUGAGCAAAGAGAUCUAAUGUCAUCAACUAGCCAUUGUUACAGUCAUGACGAAUAUGCUAAAAUAGCUCUACAAGCUUCCGUCAAUGUUGUUUAUGGGAAGAUGACUUUCAUUGACCGGAAAAAGAAGCUAGUGAGAGUGAGCGGCAACACGUUUGUACCUUACGAUCACUUGGUUCUAUGUACUGGAGAGCAAUACCAGGUUCCCAUGCCAACUGGAGCCAGUGUACAGUCUGGUGUAACAAACGCGAAUCUGCCAAGCAACCCUGAACGCAGGUUCAUUGGGGACAAACCGAAAAAUCUGUUCACAGUAAAUGAUGCCUAUGAUGCUGCAAUAGCUCUCUACUGGAUCGAGAACAGUCUUGUCAAAAGUCAGAAAAAAGUCAUUGUGUAUGGGCAAACUUUGGAUGCAUACACAUGUGUUCAAACUUUGUUAUCAAUGGGCCUGUCAGGGGAUAAAAUCUUCUUGGUACAGCCUCCACCCCAGUAUGAGACAACAUGUGUAAAUGAUCAGGUCAUAGAAGAGGCCAUGUUGAAAGCAAUGCAGGAAUGUGGUGUGCACCUACAUGUUGGCUACAUUCUGGCACAGUGGAAUGAUGGUGAGGACUGCUCGGAGAUCAAGUCAGCCAGUUUUACAUCAAAUGAUGAGCCUCUUACAUUGGACUGUGCUGCUUUUUUCUCCUAUUAUCGUAAGGGUGUUGAUUUCGAAGCUUUCAAAGCAAUCAAUGAUGCAUGUCUGGUGUAUGAUGGGAAACUUGUGAUUGAUGCUUACUUUCACACAAAUGAUGUGUCGAUCAGGGGUGCCGGUUCCCUUACAAAGUUCCAGAGGAAGUACCAGGCAGAAAAAUGGUCACAUGCUUGUUUCAACUCUAAAGAAGUCGGAAUACAUUUGGCGACAGAGAUGUUACGUUUAUUUGAUCCUACACUUGAACAGCAGGGCUCACCUCAGGAGGAACAGCUGAACCUUAUACCCAUCUACAGGAACCCGAAAAUACAGGGAGCAUUCCUUCCAGGCAACUUCCAUUACCUGCAUGUGAAAAAGCCAGGAUUGGACAAACCAUUAGUAGAACAAAUGGGUCAGUCAGAUUAUGGGAAAGAGUUAGUGACUGGUAGUCCUGGAGGUGAGACAGAAUAUUUCAAACUUCAUAUCAACCAGUAUAAUAAUGUGGAGACUAUCACAUGUCUGGCUAAACAGCCAUUACCAUGCAGUAACUUGAUAUGCCUUUAUGGUCUACAUGAGAGAUGUUUGAACAAUAUGGUGUCAAGGUUCAACGAGGGACUUAUAAAGGACUUUUACAAAUACUUCACGGAGACUUGGGCUUUGGCAGUGUAUCAUGAUAGGUUUGCAGACUUCAGGGAAGAGCUUAGAGAAUUACUCAUCACAAGACCUAAUGAAGGCUCAGAAUCCCUGGAGGAAAGAGUUAGAAACCUUGUUGACCCGGAGAUGCCAUUAUCAGAUGGCCAAAGAGAUGAGCUGCAGCAGUUGUACAAGUCUACAGGAGCUAAACGAGCUGUGGAGGCCAGACUUCUCAACUUCCUCUCCUAUAACUAUUACCAUUUACCAAUGUAUGCCAAACCAGGCAUGGUCUAAACUGUGAUCAAAGACAAUAAUUGAUACAAAUGAACUCUCACAUGCAUGUUAUAUUACUUGCUCUAAUACUUCACCAUUGAGGUUAAAGAUUCACCUAGUUCUUUAACCAACAUUGCAGUUGUAAUUCAUGGUCACAGUUGCCAUGUUUAAGUUUUAAAAAGUAUGAAAAAAUGUAUGUUUGGAAAAAAUUCCUGUUUGUAUCAGAGACAUGUUAUCCUAAGUUAUUGGAUUUAAUAUAACUGAAAAUCUUGCAGGGAAAUGAUAAUGGAAAUGUCUCUCAAUGUGUAUCUUCUCUUUUAUAGACAUUUUCAGGAUUGUUUGAAAUGAAAUAACAGUCUAUGUCAUUCUGUGAAAUUCUACAAUAUAUACAAGACGGCAGUGAAAAAUCAUCCACUUUAGCUGCUUUGUCACCCAUGUAUAAGAAAUAUUAUUUGAUAAAAUGGAUGUUAUGGAAAAUUGACUGAUACUGUGUCUUGGAGGAUGUAAGCGUAAUUUUUCAACUGAAAACUGGUAAAGAAGCUACAAGAAAGAAGUUCUUCAUUCAAGAUAAUGUUAAAGUUUUGUCCUAAGAAAAUGUUCGAAAGAUAAAAUGAAAGGACAUAAAAUACAUUUCCUAUUGAAUCAGAUAUUCCCAUAAUUCAGACCAACUCAUUAUAGCAGUUAUUUAUUUUAUUAUAUAAAUACAUAUAUCUAUAUUAAAAUGUCUUAGCUGUGAUAUUGUACUGAAAUUGUCAAAGGAUAACGUUUUUCGAUGUUUUCAUUUAAAAAUUGCUAAAUAAAAUUCUGUCAGUUUAA